AUGAUAUCCCAAACGUUCAAAAUACUCGUUCUCAUACUAAUAACGCCAGCGCUAUCCAAGAAAGUAAAGCUGGGCCCACACUGGGACCACCACGAGCGAACGUCGUGUUCAGAAUUCGGGCAGUACGCGCGGUUCAACCCCUACAGUAUCACCAAUGAGACGUGGAUGGUGUUCUACUACUGGGCCCCACAACCGGACAACUUCCUUUUCCAUUUUACUUUGCCUACAAAGGAAAAUUACACCUACCUCCACCAUUGCCUGGACGACACCGUAACCGUCCCCGUCAACUGGACGGCUAAACACGUCAUGCUCAGAAUAGGGGGUGACAUAUCUCUGUUGGUGGAGACAGGAGAUAGAGGGCAGUAUUUGAUGUACAACGUUAGGUCGAUGAUUGGCAUGUAUAACUCAGGAGGACUACAUACGCCAUUGGAGAUCCGUAUGAAACAGACAGGGGAUAACAAGAUCGUCGGCAUGAUGGUUUGCAAGAAAGAGAUAGUAUUUGCCUUGACGCGGGUAAACGAAGUGCCUCCCAGGAACGAACUACAGGAUGCUGCAAAUCGGCUCAACUAUCGGAGUCGAGGCGGCAAAUCUUACCUCUACCAAGGUCACCAUUGGAUGCCUAUCCCCGAAAUGGACGAGUCGGCCUACUGGGGAGAGAGACCAGACCAUUUUACGGCUGACACGAUAUGGUGAAAAAUAAAAAUAAU